AUGGAAACCCAACAGAGACCCAAAUACACAACCUCGAGCGUCACACUUCCCGUCACAAUCAUGGAAAAAAGAGUAUCAGAUUCCGAGGAUCCAAACUCUGAUGCACAAAAUCGUCAAUGUCAAUUCCCAGUUCUUCGCGAUGAUCCCGAAAAAUUGGUUAUGUUUAUGGCAGCUACACUUAAUUUUCUCCGCCGCGCAGUCUUUCCAUUUGAGGAGAAUAAAAUGCACACUAUGUCCUCCAUUCUCGAUGAAUAUCUAAGCAUCUGGUCUGAAAUCUGUGUCGACAAAAGCGACGUUUUACGUACUCAACUUGAUUGUCUUUACAUGCUAGAUAUGAACUUGAUGGUAGCUUUUGUUGCGAUGCAAGAAAGAAAAAGCCAAAUUCGUAUGGAACUUGAUGGCUAUGAGGAUUCUGACGAGGAAACUCCCGAAAUCCGGGAGGUGUAUUGUCCUAAUUGCGACGAGAGUAGCGAGGAAGAUGAGAUUCACCCUAAUACCGGCACCGAAUACCUCGCAUGUGGGACAACAACGAAUCCAUGGAAGAAUGGUCCUGCAGUUGGAAACGAGGAUUCCACGUACGCCACGACGACCUAUAGUGCUAGUGAGAUGGCGACGCCUAAGGUUCCUGCGGAUGACUGCAGUUGUCUCUGUGUAACGUGUUGUGCUUCUCGUGGCCUCGAUAGUGAUGACGAUAGUUAUAUCUAUCCUUCUUCAGAUUCAGAGAGCGAAGAUGAUAUACCCUGUCAAUACAAGUAG